CGAUCAGCAGCUGAGUAACUGGCCAGCUACUGGCUGCGCUUCGGAUCGACUCGGCCUCGCAUCGCAAACUUAUUGUUGUCUUGGCUUGGCUAAACUGCUGACAAAGACGUGAUACGGCAACGUGACGACGUAACGGUACCGUGAGUGAAAAAGAGCAGACAGCUUCCGCGAUGGCGACGUGCUAGCGGGUUGUUGCGAAAGCUGAAACCGGGACGCUUGUCGUGUAGUAUUGUCAUAUAGCGAGCAUCCUCGUCCUCGUGGUCCACCAUGAUGUACGGGCGUCUUGUAUCAGCCGCUAGGCUCGUAUUUCUGCGACCGAAGAUGCCGCAUCGCGCGCUAUCGGCGACCGAAACGAGGGCAUUUGUGACCGAGGCAGAGACAGGUGGCUUCCAGCCACCUACACCCGUGAAUCGUCGGAUGCCGACCACCAGCAAGAUGGAGUUUGUGCCAGCAAACGCCCAUGACGGCAUUCCCAUGUACAGUAUCCUGAACAAGGAUGGCAGACUGGCCGACGGCGUCGAGGACCCAAAGCUGGACAAGGACCUGCUGGUGCGCAUGUAUACCAAGAUGGUGCAGAUGAACAUCAUCGACCAAAUCAUGUACGAGUCGCAGAGACAGGGCCGUAUCUCCUUCUACAUGACCCACUAUGGCGAGGAGGGCGUGCUCAUCGGAAGUGCUGCCGCGCUCGAUGACAAGGACCUGGUCUUUGUCCAGUACCGCGAGUACGGCGUGCUGCUGUGGCGUAACUUUUCGGUGAACCAGACGAUGCAGCAGUGCUACAGCACAAUGUACGACUAUGGCAAGGGCCGCCAGAUGCCCAUCCACUACGGCUCGACAGAGCACCACUUUGUCACCGUCUCAUCGACGCUCGCAACGCAGAUGCCACAGGCGGUGGGCACGGCGUACGCCUACAAGCUGGCCCAGAAGAAGCAGUGUGUGGCCUGCUACUUCGGCGACGGUGCCGCCAGCGAGGGUGACGCCCAUGGUGCCUUCAACUUUGCGGGCGUCCUCGGCACGCCGAUCAUCUUCAUCUGCCGCAACAAUGGCUAUGCCAUCUCGACACCUACUUGCGAACAGUACAGCUGCGAUGGAAUCGCUGCGCGAGGUCCAUCAUACGGGCUGACAACGAUUCGUGUUGACGGCCAGGACAUCCUUGGCAUGUACUUGGCAGUACAGGAGGCCCGCCGCUUUGUGAUGGAACAGCAGAAGCCCGUCCUCAUCGAAGCUAUGACGUACAGAAUCGGCCACCACAGCACGUCGGACGACAGCACGGCCUAUCGGUCGGUGGACGAAGUGCGGACGUGGGAUGAGCACGCCCAUCCAAUCAUGCGACUUCGCCAUUUCCUCGUUGACCGUGGAUACUGGAGCGAGCAGCAGGACAAGGACAUCAGGGCAGCCUUCAAGAAGGAGGUCUUACAGACCAUCAAAGAAGUCGAAAAAGUUCCCAAGCCGCCAGUCAGCGAUCUCUUCACCGAUGUUUACAAGGAUAUGCCUCCACAUCUCAAGGAGCAGAUGACGUACAUGUUGAACCAUGUGCAGAACUACAAGGAGGGGUACCCCAUUGACCUGUAUGCCAAAGAGAAGAGCUAGGACUAGGCACCUAUGUAUGAUAUUGCAUGCCGUUGCUGUGGGCAGUAAAGGGUGUCGAAUACAGGAGGGCUGAAGAUGCAAUUUUUGUCGAGCUUGAAGUCGCCGCCACUCAUUUUAUAGAAUUCUCAUAAGUUUUCUCCAAUGUGGAAACACUAUUGCCACUGUGAGGUGUAUCUGCGAAGCGGAGGUGUGUUGAUGUGUUCAAAACCGGUUGCACACACGUUAAGUGCUUUAGCCGAUUGCCGUUGGCACUGAGAACAUGUUGAUAUAUCUUGCUGAGCGCGGAGUGGAGUCUUUGCUUACUUUGCCAAACUGUCCUGAAAAGCGACCAAAGGUUGCAGAAGCACCCAUGCACCGUCACUUGUUGCAGUCACGAAGUAGCUGUAUGUCAACCUGUGUGCGGAUGUGGAAGCAUCAUGUACACAGUUCUAACAUUAUGUUUUGCCUUUGUUUUAGGCGCAAUUCAGCAGGGUGAAAAAAUGGAGACGAGCUUUGUUGUUCAGCUUUGUUCCUCGUAGAGAAGUCAAGGAUGUUGAUGUAUUGUGCCAAAGGUCACUGAACUCAGUUCAGUGGAUGAAUGCCUGGCAAGGUUUUGUUUGUCAAUAGAACAUUAAUUAUUAUUUUUGACUGGUUGUCUUACAAUUAUAUGUGUGAUGAUUUGGAAAAAAAAUGUUUCAUUUUCGAGAAUGUCAGAUUUGCUGAGGAAGUGAAAAAGGAGAAUCUUGCUUGUAUGUAAGUCACUGAUAGAAAAUACGUUAAUUGAAAGCCCAAGUUAGGGCAGGAUUUAGCUGUGAUCAUAACUUGCACUUUCGUACAUCUGUUGUCAUGGGACAUCAUUUUGUGGUCAGCUUAUCAAGAUAGUUUGAUUGAUAGCAUUGACAACCUGAAAUACAUGAUCUUACUAGGUGUGAUAUUAUAAAGUAGCACUUAAUUGUUUUAGUACUACUUGAUAAGUGGUUGCUCAUGAUAAGUGGUUGCCCUAAGAUAACUGUCAUAAGAGCGGGUAGGUUACUGUGACUAACUGCAUUUAAGUUAAUUUAUGUACUCUUUAACUAUGUUGGUCAGACCUGUGGGGCAACACCUGACAAAAGGUGUUACUUUGUAGUGUGACACAUGAGUGGCGAUAUAAUGCAUCAUGUUGCAAGUUAUUUCUGUUAACGCACACUUUUGGACACAUGCUCUAUAGUGAGUCACAAGUAAUCACUUUUGCAGGAAUUGUAGUUGGGCGUCUCUGUGUACAGAGUAGGCAUGACAUGUUUUGUAUACCUUGCGGAUUUUCAUUAUAUAGAUCACUUUGCAGACUGUGCAUUUGUACGUCAGCUGGGGCGUGAAAUGACAUAUCAGAAGCGUGGAAUCUUUGAGCGCUCAUUGUACGUAAAAGUUAUGUGCUAGCCACCAUAGUUAUGUUCCAGAAAUAUCUUCACUGGUGUAGCAUUUUGUUUGUGAACCAGUUAGCACCUUGUAAUACUUAGUUGUCAGACAUUAUCCAAUUUAGCUUAUAGCUAUAUAGCUGAGAUCGUUACUAUGUAGUAGAAUGUAAUCAAUAGUAAAAUGUUUUGUAGUCAAUAUCUUGCAAUAGCAGCACAUGCCUACAGUCUGUACUGGGCGAAGCAUAGUGCUUUUCUCACAGUACAGUUAACUAUAAGUGGUUUGCUUGGAGUCUGGUAAUGUAACUACCGUCGAUACUCCUCAUAACAAAGUCACAGCCGACUUGAAAAUAUGUUCGUUAUAUCCUAUAUUUGUGAUCAGUGAAAAAGAGAAAUCAUGAUCAGGGGGGGGGUCUAUGGGAAAAACGCAAGACUAAUGCCUUCAGCGGGUUAGUAGGGGUCUCCUGACAAUUUUGAAGGCACUGACGGAAUUUUGACAUGUGAGCCAAGCAGCUGGCCAAAACGUAUCCAAGCGCCUAUAAUGUGCCAUUUCAAGUUGCUCUUGCUGAGUGCAUGUCAUCUUUUGCUACCAGAAUGUGUAUUUUAAACUGUUGAGUGAGCUUCGCUGUAACCAGUACUGUUAAUUGUUUGGAAUCUUCAAUUUUCUGUUUCGUUAUAGCAGUAGAAUACUCAUUGAAAUAAAGCCCAGGCUACCAAAUUUUAAAUUUACUUCGUUAUAUCCGAUAAUUCGUUAUAUCUACUCUUUUAAUGGUUAUUAAGCCAGUGUGUCCGAGAUUAAAGCACAUGUGUACUUUGACCUUUGGCAACGUUGAUCUCUUAUCAUUGCCAUAGGCUUGAUCUGCAUAGCCUUCUAGUGGUUGUGAUAGUCUAAGGCAAUGUCUGAAAUGUUGUGAUGUUUUUUUGUUACCCUUGAAACAGAAUAAUUUAACUUCAGCUAUAUUACAACACAUCAAGUUAUAGAUUGAUGAGAUGCAGAGGGAUUGGCCACCUUGCUUGAAUUUGGAGCUGUACUCUUCUUUAAAAGCUGCACUGCAGAUUAUUUCAAAAAUGCAAAGCCAUUCCGUGUGGAGACUUGAUAUUUUUCUAUUCACGACAGCUUUUACUGUCAUUUUGACAAUUACUUGUGUCAGCAUAUUUCUGCCGGAGGGAUUUUGUUGUGUUAUGCAUGUUUGGUGUAUUUGGCGUGUUGUUUUUUAGUCUUAGGAGAUUGGUGUGAUGAAUACUGGAUACCAUAGGCUCUAUUACAAAAAUAGGAACAUGAGCAAAACCCAUGAAACAGCCGUGCUUGAUGGCUGCUUAAUGUGUGGUACACAAUUCUAUAUGCAUUGUAUGACAGUUUGCUUCAGCAUCGGGAUAUUGGUGUACACCUUUUGUGUUACAUAGACAGAGUUUAUGUUCAUUGCAAAGUCAGCAAUUUGCUGAAUAAACUGUUGUGAGCCUUGGUUGCACUUGUACUUCA